AAAUGAGUAGUUAAGAAGAAGAUAAUCAAUUUGAUGAAGAAUAUGAACAAAAUAAUUAAUAAAUAGAUGAAUUUGAAUAAAAGUACAAGUAGAAUGGGACAUCAUCAGAGGAUGAAGAACAAUAUUAAUAGAAAAGCUAUUAAUAAAAUAGUAAAGUUGAAUAGUUACCAUAAAUACAGUAUAAAUGAUCAUAUUGCAGUAGACCAUAAAAUAAAAUAGAAGCUAUUUAAAAAUAAUUAGAAUUUUAUAAGAAACAACCUCCAAAGACAUUGGCAGAGGAAUGUGAGGAUGUGAUAAAUUCAAAAAAUGAAAGUUUAAAAGAUAGAAAGAUAAGAGAAUUAGUUUAGAAGAAUAGAUAAUUAUUGCUUAGUUAUGAGAAGGAAAGACAGGCAAGAAAGAAACUUGAAGAAUAAGUAAAUAAAGCACUGAAAGAGACAGAUGAAGGAAUAAAGGCUUUAGAUAAAAGUAUUCCAAAAGCGGCGAUUCCAAAAGCAGAUCCUUUAGCAAAAGCAUUGAAGGGAUCAGAAUCCUAGAAAGAAGAUGUUGGGAUAGUAGAUGAUUACAAGAAUAAAUUUAAAGAUGCUGAUAAGAAGGUUUAAGAAUAGCGUGUAAAAUUAUAGUAAGUAAAAACAGAAUUGAAUAAAGCAAUGAGAAUAAUAUAAAGGGAAGUAGGUGAGAAUGUAAAUUUAGAUUAAUUGUUAUUGGAUGAAAAUGGAUGGAAGGGCAGAGCAUAAUAGAUUGAAAUAUUGAAAUCAAAAGUAAAAGAUUUAAAUGUAAAAUUGGGUUCAUCUUCUUAAUAUUCUGAUGUAUCUUAAAUGUCGAAGCAAUCUAAAUCAGAAGCUAAGAAUAAUAGUGAAAAAUAAUAGUAUGAGUUAUUGAAAUCUUAAUAUGAAGGAGUAAAAUAAGAGAAUGAGAAUUUGUAAUAGAAAAUUAAAGCAGUUUCAAGUAGAAGAUAAAUAUUGGAGGAUUAGAUAAAAGAAGUAAAGGCGGAAUAUGAAAAGAAUAAAAAAGUAUUAUAUAAUAAUAAUUAAUUUUUAGAUUCUUUUAGAAAAGAGUGAAAAUGAUGAUAAGUACAUAUUUGCAUUAAAAUCUGAGUUAGAUAAAAUGAAGAAGAAUUAACCAUAAUAAGAAACAAAAAUAGUUUAUAAGCCAGCAGAUGAUGAAGAGACAAGAAAAUUGCGUUAAGAAUUGAAGUAUUGUAAAGAAGAAAUUGGUCGUAAUGAAUAGAUGAUAAAAGAAUUAAUAGCAGAAGUAUAAAAUUGAAAUUAUGUUAGAAAGUAAAUAGAGUGAAACAGGAAAUACCAUAAUAAUAAUAAUAACAAGAGAAAGUGUAGAGUAAACCAAGUUAGACAGAUGAGAAAGUGAAAAGAUUAGAGGAAGAGAUUAAAGUUUUAAAAAGGGAGAGAGAUGAAUUCUUUAAGACAUUGACAAAAGAUGUAGAAACUUAGAAGAUGAUAAAAGAUUUAACAUUAUAAAAUGUAAAGUUGCGAAAUAGAAUUGAUGAUUUAACUAAAAAAUGA